GAAAUAAGUUUAUCUCUCAAACUACCAGCAACUAAUGUUAAGUUCGAUUAUCAAUAAUCGAUUAGAGAUCACAUUUUUCUACUUAUCGCACAGUUUGUUCCAGUUCACAGUUUAAUUUCGGUCGAGACAGGCGCUUUUUAUAUGCGCUCCUAAACCGACGCUCAGCAUCGCGACGUUUUGCGCCAACAAGUGCGUUUUCCAGUUCGUUGCCAUAAACAAAUAUUACGUUAUUUAUUAGGAGGAAUUGUCUUUUACUGUGAUGGAACAAAUUUAAUUACCUGGCAUCAAAAUGGAUAUUAAUUAAAUAAUGGGAGACAAAGAUUGGAAAAGAACGUUUGAAACUAACGCAGGAUUUAUUCGAAGUGGACCAUGAAGCACAAGGGGCUUUAGAUGAUAAUGCUUUGGAGGAGUACUUUCUACAUUUUGGUUACUGUCGAGGUUGUUUGGUUGAUUAAUGGAGAUGAAGCUAUUAUGCCAGCAGCUUUGUCGUGCCAGAAUCCAAAAGGCCUCUUUGAGGACUUAACAAUCACAUCUUUUAUAGAUAAAAAUCGUUACAUUCGGCUGAAUAUUUCUUGGGCAAAUCCAAAAGCGAAUUUUAGCCAUUUUGGAAUGAUGAUAGAAACCAAUUGCAGUUCCAUAUAUGGGGAUUUAAAUGUUUCCGUGGAUGCAAAUUUCCUAAUUAAACCAAAUAUGGAAACGAUGGCACACCCUGCCGAGCCUCUAAUGCAUGGUUGUAAAUACGAUUUCGAUUUGGUCGCAAGAGUUGCGUUCGGAAACGAGACCUGCACUGUUUCGCAAAUUGCUAAUUAUAAAAUACCUGACUGUGUGGGAGAAGUUUGCGAAUGUGGAGCUGCAGACGCACCAUUUGUAUAUACUAACCAUCAGAGGAUCGACGGUCACUCGUACACACUCAUCUUUAACAAAACCAACAGUCUUUCGGAUCUCACUCUGGAAGAAGUUUUUGAUAAAGUUUGGUACACAAGCACAAACACUAGAAACACUGUAACAAUGGUACAGCCAGAACAUAUACGCUUUGAUAAUACCCGCAACAAAUUUAAUUUAACCUUUGACGAUUUCCAGGAAGGCAAUUCCUAUAAGGUUAAUGUUGAUUUGCUACUGGACAACUGCAAAUAUCCUUUCAACACUAUCAUAUCAGUUACGAAAAACGGAGGCACCGAACGCUCUCGCCUCCAUGUGUUCUUUUACCUAACAGCAGCAAUUGGACUAAUUGUUUUAUUGUCUUACAUUCUAUUGAAAACAAAGCCGCAGCUCUUUGAAAAGCUCAAAAACUACGUCCCAUUUUUCAAGCAUGAACUGCCUGUACAUUACACAGCAAAUUCUUUAUCAAAUAUCCCAGGAAAUAGAAAAGAAUGCAUCAACACCCAAUACACGCCCCUAGAAUUUUCUGCUAGCAGUCGCUUGUUGGACGAAUUUGAAAUUCCUCGCAACAAAAUCACCCUAAUGAACGAAAUUGGGGGCGGAGCCUUUGGGAAAGUGUUCAAAGCUGAAGUUUACAAUUUAAACAAUAAACCCGGAUAUAUGUAUGCAGCGGCCAAACUUCCAAUUCAAAACGCCCCGCCCGAAGAAACAGCCGAUUUUCUGGCCGAAAUAGAAAUGAUGAAGAAAAUCACUUGUGUUGGAGGACACCCGAAUGUUAUUAAAAUGCUGGCGUGUGUAACUAUAGAGUUUCCUUACAUAAUGGUAAUGGAACUGGUUCCGAAUGGAUGUUUAAAAAGUUACUUGUCCAAUAUGAGGAAACGAUGGGAUGAGAGAAAGGAGAGGAAGAUUCAAAAGAACCAUCGGCACUUUUUCCCAGAUUACAAGAACCGAAAUAUCGGCACCGAUCAGUUACAAAGAACUAAGCUACAUGAAAUGUAUAACAUGAUUGUGGAAAACUAUUUGCCUGAUGGAACAAUACCAGAAAACGACAGGACACUUCAAUACACCGAUUUGGCUUUUGAAGACUAUACUGGAAGCACGGUCAGUUUAGAGACAAACUCCUACAUAACCCCAGAUGCUCCCAAAACUCCCAGUACGCCUGGAUCGCUUUUUCCAACUCCGCCAGUUAAAGAUGGCAGACUAAACCAGAGGAUACUGAAAAUUUCCAAGCCCACAAACAAGUUCGUACCUGCUUGUCUAUCGCCACAAUCUCCAUUGACUCCAUACUCCAAGUCUUCCAGCGGCCUGCCAUCUGACACAGGAACUCUUCUCACUCCUUUGGAGUCACUGCCUGCCACCCCACUGCUCAACCUAAUAGAGGAAGACACUGAGGAAAUAAAGCCGGUGCUCGACAGCAAACAGCUUCAGAGCUUCGCGUUGCAAAUUGCCAAUGGAAUGGCUUUCCUCGAAAGUGUUGGAAUCACCCAUCGGGAUUUAGCGGCAAGAAAUAUUUUGAUAGGGGAAAACAAGUUAUUGAAAAUAUCCGACUUUGGAAUGGCUAGAGUCGGAGUGUAUGUGAACAGUGCCCAGAAGCGACAACCUCUUAGAUGGAUGGCUCCAGAGGCCAUCGAAAGCAGAACAUGCAACAACAAAACGGACGUGUGGUCCUUCGGGGUUGUUCUAUGGGAAAUCGGCACUUUAGGCGCUUUUCCGUACAAAAGUCUGAGUAAUGACCAAGUAAUUGCCCAUAUUCUACAAGGGCGCCGGCUGGAAAGGCCGGAAACCUGCACCGAUCAAGUGUACGAUUUAAUGCAGAAGUGUUGGCAGAAAAAUCCAGAAGAUCGGCCCAGAUUCGAAGAUAUUGCCAAACAGCUAGACGCAAACAAUGGGAAGAUUUACGUUGAUUUCAGCAAGCUCUCACCCAAAUAUGUGUUCCCGCCGACUCAGGAUGAAAGUGCUUGAAUGGACCAGGUUGAUUACGGAAUCAACUAGUGUCGAUUUAAAAUAAUUGUAAGCAAUGCAUUCAAAAACUGUUAGUGUUGUACUGUACAUAUUUUGUUACUGUUGUAAAUAGUUGUUAACAAAGAUUGAUUAUAUAUUUUCAACGAUUA